AUGGCUGCAACUUCAGCAAGACCAGCAAUGACACAUACCCAGUUGAGGUCGCCCUCGACCCAGGGGCCCAUUGUGCUGCAUGCUAGCAAUCCCCGCCAAGAGCCUAUUCAAUCUCAUGCCCUUACUAGAUGGGAAAUCCGUCGCUCAUGGGCGCAGGCUAUGCGACAAUUGAAUACUGUGCUCAGACCCCCCGAAGAUUCAAGUAGAGUGAUAAACCAUCGACCGCUCAUCUGCCCGGGUCUUCUCAGAGCACAGAUUCCAACGUCCUCGGAAUCCGCUUGGACGGUAGAUCGAGGUCGCAAAGAGGCCGCAGCCAUUGUCACCAAGCAAGACGACCGGCUUCUGGUACUGGUAGGACCAUGCUCAAUUCAUGACCCUGAUGCGGCGGUCGAAUUCGCACAGAAGAUCAAACCGGUCGCAGAUCGUCUCUCCUCAGAGUUAUGCAUUAUUAUGCGAGCGUAUCUGGAGAAGCCACGCACAACUGUGGGGUGGAAGGGGCUUCUGAACGACCCCGAUCUGGAUGGGUCCUGCAAUAUGGAAAAAGGAAUACACAUCUCGAGGCAACUGUAUGCUGACCUGACGCACUUGGGUGUCCCAAUUGCGAGCGAGUUACUCGACCUAAGUUCUCCAGCGUAUCUCAGUGACUUCAUAUCCGUGGGGGCUAUAGGAGCCAGAACGACUGAAUCUCAGCCCCAUCGCGAAUUAGCUUCCGCGAUGCCUUUCCCAGUGGGAUUCAAGAACUCUACGGAUGGCAGUGUAACGCAAGCGAUCAACUCGCUCAUCAGCGCAGGCACGGGGCACACGUUCUGUGGACCAACAGACAACUCUACCUCCCGGAUUAUCAGUUCUUCGGGCAACCCCGACUGUUUCCUGAUUCUCCGUGGUGGCUCAUCGGGUCCAAACUACCACUUGCAGGAUGUGCAGCAAGCGCAGCGACAGCUCAGUCAGUCGCAAUGCCUGCACGGGAUCAUGAUUGAUUGCUCCCAUGGGAAUUCAAACAAGGAUUUCCGCCGGCAGCCUAUUGUUGUUGACGAAGUAUGCAACCAAGUGGCGUCUGGAGAACACUCUGUCAUCGGUGUUAUGAUUGAAUCAAAUCUAUAUGGUGGAAAACAGACCAUUCCACCAGAAGGUCGUGCCGGACUACAAAAGGGUGUUAGCAUAACGGACGGCUGUAUUGGCCUAGAGGACACUGUUGGCUGCCUAGAGAGACUGGCAGCAGCAGUUCGCCGUCGCCGUUGCAAUAGGGUCUGA